UGCAGCCGAAAAAACUCCCACACCACUCCUUCUCUCUCUCCCAUCGCUCAUCUAAUAAAAGCCCAAACCCUCCCAAACCAAACCAAACCAAAACCAAAACCGCAAAACACCUCUCUCUCUCUCUCUCUGUGGCUCGCGUCGGUGUUUCCUAUUUUAAUCCAAUUUUACAAGAAACGCACCUCAAAUACACACACACUAUAUAUAUAAAUAUAUAUUAGCUGGAAGAAGAAAAGAGAAAAAAACAAAGAAAAAGCUUUGGAUCUCAAGAUACAUACACCACUCAGAUCAUCAUAGAUCCCAAGCUAUAAGAUUCUGUGUUGUCGCAAUGGAGCUCGCGCAGCUAGAGGCAUUGUGCGAGAGGCUGUACAAUUCGCAGGACUCGGUGGAGCGAGCUCACGCGGAGAACACUUUGAAAUGCUUCUCGAUGAACACCGAUUACAUUUCUCAAUGCCAGUACAUUCUCGACCAUGCCUUGACUCCCUAUGCGUUGAUGCUCGCGAGUUCGAGCUUGUUGAAGCAAGUCACUGAGCAUAGCUUGGCUUUACAGCUCCGCCUUGAUAUCCGUAACUACCUUAUUAACUAUCUGGCCACCAGAGGACCUGAAUUGCAGCCUUUUGUAACCGCCUCGUUGAUUCAACUCUUGUGUCGAGUUACGAAGUUUGGUUGGUAUGAUGAUGAUCGUUUCCGUGACGUGGUUAAAGAGUCAACCAACUUCUUGAGCCAGGCAACGUCGGAUCACUAUGCUAUUGGUUUGAAGAUAUUAAAUCAACUUGUGUCUGAGAUGAAUCAGCCCAAUCCUGGUUUGCCUUCAACACACCAUCGAAGGGUAGCGUGUGCCUUUAGGGAUCAAUCUCUUUAUCAAAUCUUCCAAAUAUCGUUAACAUCAUUGCGUCAACUGAAGAGUGAUGUUGUAAGUCGAUUGCAAGAGUUAGCGCUCUCUCUUUCACUUAAAUGUUUAUCAUUUGAUUUUGUUGGGACAUCAAUUGAUGAAAGUUCAGAAGAGUUUGGUACUGUUCAGAUUCCGUCUUCUUGGAGACCAGUUUUGGAGGACUCUGAAACAUUGCAAAUAUUUUUUGAUUACUAUGCUAUUACAAAGGCCCCUCUUUCCAAGGAGGCACUGGAGUGCUUGGUGCGACUAGCUUCUGUAAGACGUUCUUUGUUUACGAAUGAUGCUGCUCGUUCUAAGUUUUUGGCCCAUUUAAUGACAGGAACCAAAGAAAUCCUGCAAACAGGGCAAGGUCUUGCUGAUCAUGACAACUACCAUGAGUAUUGUCGUCUUCUUGGACGUUUCAGAGUGAAUUAUCAGUUGUCAGAACUUGUGAAUGUGGAAGGCUAUAGUGAUUGGAUUCGUCUGGUGGCAGAGUUUACUUUAAAGUCUUUACAAUCUUGGCAGUGGGCCAGCAGCAGUGUCUACUACCUAUUAGGGCUGUGGUCCAGAUUGGUUGCAUCUGUACCCUAUUUGAAAGGUGAUGCACCAAGCUUGCUGGAUGAAUUUGUCCCUAAGAUUACAGAAGGUUUCAUCACAUCAAGGUUUAACUCCGUGCAGGCUGGAUUGCCCGAUGAUCUUACCGAGAACCCGUUAGACAAUGUUGAACUUCUUCAGGAUCAACUAGAUUGCUUUCCUUACCUUUGCCGAUUCCAGUAUGAGAGCAGUAGUUUGUAUAUAAUAAACAUAAUGGAGCCUAUUCUGCAAGCAUACACGGAAAGAGCUCGGCUACAGAUUGCUGAUAACAGUGAUCUCGCUAUUAUAGAAGCCAAACUUGCUUGGAUAGUUCAUAUUGUUGCUGCAAUUGUUAAGACAAAACUAAGUACCGGUUGUAGUGUUGAGUCACAAGAAGUGUUUGAUGCAGAACUUUCUGCUCGUGUCUUGCAAUUGAUAAAUGUAACUGACAGUGGACUACAUGGCCAGAGGUAUAGUGAAGUAAGCAAGCAGAGACUGGAUCGAGCAAUUCUUACGUUCUUUCAGCAUUUCAGAAAGUCCUAUGUAGGUGAUCAGGCCAUGCAUUCCUCCAAGCAGUUAUAUGCCCGGUUAUCUGAGCUUCUUGGGCUCCAUGAUCAUCUACUACUAUUGAAUGUCAUUGUUAGCAAGAUUGCGACAAACCUUAAGUGUUAUACAGAGAGUGAGGAGGUAAUUGAUCACACCUUAAGCUUGUUCUUGGAUCUGGCAUCAGGGUAUAUGACUGGGAAGUUGCUUUUGAAGUUGGAUACUGUUAAAUUCAUAGUGGCAAAUCAUACUAGGGAGCACUUUCCAUUUUUAGAAGAAUAUAGAUGCUCUCGAAGCAGAACAACUUUCUAUUAUACUAUCGGCUGGUUAAUUUUUAUGGAGGACAGCCCCGUGAAAUUUAAGUCAUCAAUGGAUCCACUUUUGCAAGUUCUUAUCAGUUUAGAGUCGACUCCUGAUUCGCUGUUUCGUACUGAUGUGGUGAAGUAUGCUUUAAUUGGCUUAAUGAGGGAUCUCAGAGGAAUUGCAAUGGCCACAAAUAGUCGCAGAACUUAUGGGCUUCUGUUUGAUUGGCUAUAUCCUGCGCACAUGCCACUUCUCUUGAAAGGCAUCUCACACUGGACUGACACACCAGAAGUAAGGAAACACUCUCAGUUUCUGCCUAUAUUUGGAUUUUUUGAACAGUACCCACAUAUUUGUUUUUUGAUGAAAAAUAUAUGUGAUAAGCUGAUUUUUUUUUAUCACCACCGAAUGACAGCCCUUGCUGGAAACUAUGUCAACUUUGGUGUGUUUGAACUAUAUGGCGAUAGAGCACUCUCUGAUGCUCUAGAUGUUGCUCUUAAGAUGACACUAUCAAUUCCUCUGGCUGAUAUAUUGGCGUUCCGUAAGCUAACAAGGGCCUAUUUUGCAUUCUUGGAGGUUCUUUUCAGCAGCCACAUCGUUUUUAUAUUGAACUUGGAUACAAACACUUUUAGGCAUAUAGUAGGAUCCCUUGAAUCUGGUCUCAAAGGUUUGGAUACAAAUAUCUCAUCACAGUGUGCAUCUGCUGUCGAUAAUCUGGCUGCUUACUAUUUCAACAAUAUCACUAUGGGGGAGGCACCUAAUUCACCUGCUGCAAUGAAUCUUGCUCGUCACAUUGUGGAUUGCCCCAAUUUGUUUCCAGAAAUAUUGAAGACUCUUUUUGAGAUUGUUUUGUUUGAGGACUGUGGCAACCAGUGGAGUCUUAGCCGACCAAUGUUGAGCUUAAUACUAAUAAGUGAGCAGAUAUUCACCGAUUUGAAAGCUCAGAUUUUGGCUUCACAGCCUGCAGAUCAACAUCAGCGGCUUUCCUUGUGUUUUGACAAAUUAAUGGCAGAUGUUACUCGAAGCUUGGAUUCUAAGAACAGGGACAAAUUCACACAGAAUCUUACCAUAUUCAGGCAUGAAUUUCGUGUCAAAUAAUUCAAUUUCUAUGAAGUAGAACUUUUUUUGUUUGAAAAUUGAAUUACAUUCAUGGAAGAUGUUCGUUCAAAGAAUCCACUUUACUCCAUAAACAUCAAAUCUCUGGUCGUCAUUGGGGGAGGACCCUGUUUCACACCAAUUCCUCAAUCGCCAACAUGAAAGAGAAGCAGGUUCUUCAUAGUUGAUCGAAUUGUGGAGUAGAAAAAGUUUGAUAUGAAUCUUUGAAGUGCUACUGUAUAUUUUCACUUUGUCCUUGAAUAGGGGAGAUAGACACUCUAAAUUUGGAUGUUGUAGUAUUAAGAGGAUUUCUAAGGUUUGCAGAAACUAGUGGGUGGUGGAUUACAUUAGGUUUGGAAUUGGCUAGUGCUCGAUUUAGAAGAGCAAUUCUUUUUAGAACAAGGAAAGAUGUAAAUCAUUCAUCAGGUUUUAUAUUUCUGUAUAUUUUACCUGUUGUAUUCUUUGUACUGUCGAUAAUAGAAGAAAAAAAAAAUUACCUUAUUGAUCCUA